AUUUUAAUAUAAAUUACUAUUGGUAUGAAUUAAAAGGAGCGUGUUUUUGUAGAUAAGAGCAAUUAAUACGCUGAGAAUGAAUACUUUGUGGGUUAGAAAGAAUCAAGAUUUCAUUCUAAUGAUUAAUAAAUUAUUAUAUAAGUGGAAUCGUAAUUAAGCACUCUGAGUUAUAUUUUUGAUUGGAUAUCAAAUGUAAGACAUUAAAAUUAACAUUUUAAGGAUCAUUUGUAGGAAUUAAGAUCUUAAAUACUCCAUUAGAUAAAGUAAUUAGAUUAGAAUGUAAAGACUAAAUAUAUUACUACUGCAUUAGCUUAUAUUUUAAUCAAAAAUACUAGUGGAAUAAAUGAGACUGAAUGUAUUUAGCAAUUAUUAGUAAGAUAUUUGUUUUAUAUUUUUUAGAAUAAGUUUAAUGUGAAAUCAAGGAAAUUAUUGAAAUAUUUAAGAAUAAUUAAAGAUGAUGGUUAAAGAGAUAUGAAUAAGUUAUUAUAGUAGAUUUAAUACUAUUAAGAGAAAGUGAGAAAGUAUUUAUUUGGAUAAGGAUAAUCAUUAUUGUUAAAAUUGAAGAAACCAAAAUAAACAUAUACAUAAUUGAUAGAAGAAAUUCUUGAGAUAAAUAAAUCACUAAUGAUAAGGAUAUUCUCUUUACAAUUAGUGAAAUAAUUUUGUGUAAGCAAACGACCAAGCAGAUUAGUGAUAAAUUUGGGUUACUUUGCAUUUUAAGUUUAAUAAAUAUAUAUAUUGCCUGGAGAAUAUGCUAGAAUUUUUAGAAUAUCAAUAAAUUCUUUACGUCAUUUCUCAAAAGGAUUAAUUAAUCUUUUAUAUUAAUUUGUAUUGAGAAUAACUGGGUAAGGAAUUGAGGGUUAAUUAAAAUUUUAUGAAAGAAGUCCUUAAAUUUCACAAACUAUAAUGAAUGAAGGAGAAUUUAAGAAAUCACCAGAAGAUACAAGUAUAUCAGAACCGAGCAUUGAAAUAGAAGGAUAUAAAUUACUUAUCAUUAGAAAACUGAUUAAUGAAUUCAGCACAUAUUAAUUUUUAUUUGUUGACACAGAAGAAGAAGAUGAAUUAUUCAACGAGUGUUAAGAAAUCUUGAACUAUUCUGUCAAUUUAAAAGAGUGAU